UUGUAUUAUCCGGAAGAAGUUAUGUGUUGACCGUCCUCUGGUUUAUUAUCGCUCAUAUUUGGACGGCUGAACAGUAUGGAGCGACAGUAAGACGAGUCUGGUGGUUGCCCACAGACGGUAUCGACACCCGGGUUGGAACCAUGUCAGUAAACCGGUGUGUGUGGCUGUUUUCUCGGCUGCAGCUCCACGCUAACAGUCGGGCUGCCCGUUUCACCGCUGGAGGCAGCUGUCAUGUGUCUGGGUGGUUACACAAACAUCCGCGGGCCAGAAACGUUUCAUCCAGCAGCUCUCCACCCAAAGCCCCGGACACGUCUCUGUUCGUCCCCAUCUCUCUGAAGACGGACUUCUCGAUGGACGGGAGUGUUGGAGCAGAGCUCACCCAGCCGCUCUCUAAAGAAGAACUGCUGAAAGUGUUGAACCGGUUUUAUAAGAGGAAGGAGAUGCAGAAGCUGGCAGCAGAUCAUGGCCUUGAUGCUCGUCUGUUCCACCAGGCCUUCAUCAGCUUCAGGAAGCAUGUCCUGGAAGGAUCAGCUCUCCCCGCUGAUCUGCACAUCAUCCUCAGUGACAUCUGCUGUGGAGCAGGUCACAUAGAUGACAUCUACCCCUACUUCAUGCGUCACUCCAAGCAAAUCUUCCCCAUGCUGGACUGUAUGGAGGACCUGAGAAAGAUAUCUGACCUCCGGGUCCCUGCUAACUGGUACCCUGAGGCUCGUGCCAUCCAGAGGAAAGUGAUUUUCCAUGCUGGUCCCACUAACAGUGGUAAAACCUAUCACGCCAUCCAGCGCUUAUUGGCUGCUAAGACUGGGGUCUACUGUGGCCCCCUGAAACUACUGGCCCACGAGAUCUUUGAGAAAACCAAUAACGCUGGUGUACCAUGUGACUUGGUUACAGGAGAGGAGCGGACGUUCAUGGACUUGGAGGGUCGAGCUUCUGGCCACGUGGCCUGCACCAUUGAGAUGUGCAGUGUCAAUACACCUUAUGAAGUGGCUGUAAUCGAUGAGAUUCAGAUGAUCAGAGAUCUUUCCAGAGGCUGGGCCUGGACCAGAGCACUAAUGGGUCUCUGUGCAGAGGAGAUCCAUGUGUGUGGAGAAGCUGCAGCUAUCGACUUUAUUAGAGAGCUGAUGUACACCACUGGAGAGGAGGUGGAGGUGCACACCUACAAGCGUCUGACUCCAUUCUCAAUCCUGGAUCAGGCUGUGGAGUCGUUGGACAACUUGAGAGAAGGAGAUUGUAUCGUCUGCUUCAGUAAAAAUGACAUCUACUCCAUCAGCAGGCAGAUCGAGAUCAGAGGACUGGAGUGUGCUGUCAUUUAUGGGAGUUUACCUCCAACCACCAAGCUGUCACAGGCCAAGAAGUUCAAUGAUCCGGAUGACCCCUGCAAGAUCAUGGUCGCCACAGAUGCCAUUGGAAUGGGCCUCAACCUGAGUAUCAAACGCAUCAUCUUCAACAGUCUGGUGAAGCCUAAUGUCAAUGAGAAGGGGGAGAAACACAUGGAGACCAUCAGCACAUCACAGGCUCUGCAGAUAGCCGGCCGUGCAGGGAGGUUCUCCUCCAAGUUUAAAGAGGGAGAAGUUACCACCAUGCACAGAGAUGAUCUGCCUGUGCUGAAGGAAAUACUCAGUCAUGCAGUGGAACCCAUAGAGACUGCAGGUCUACAUCCCACAGCAGAGCAGAUAGAGAUGUUCGCCUAUCAUCUACCUGAUGCUACAUUAUCCAACCUUGUGGACAUAUUUGUCAGCCUCUCUCAGGUCGAUGGUCUGUAUUUCGUCUGCAACAUUGACGACUUCAAGUUUCUGGCUGAUAUGAUUCAGCAUAUCCCACUCAACCUGAGGUCGCGCUACGUCUUCUGUACUGCCCCCAUCAACAAGAAACAAACCUUCGUAUGCACCUCCUUCCUAAAGUUUGCUCGUCAGUUCAGUCGAGAUGAGCCUCUGACCUUUGACUGGGUCUGUCGACAUGUCAGCUGGCCUCUGGCUCAUCCCAAAAACAUUAAAGACCUGGUUCACUUGGAAGCUGUUCAUGAUGUGUUGGAUCUUUACCUCUGGUUGAGCUACCGUUUCAUGGACAUGUUUCCUGACACUGCCUUGAUUCGAGAAAUCCAGCGGGAGCUUGACGACAUCAUCCAACAGGGCGUCCAAAAUAUCACUCGUCUCAUCAGAGCCACUGACACAACCCUCACUAGCCCAGUGCGGACACAGAACAGCAGGAGUGGACAAUUGAGCGGGAACAGUGGAGCUGCAGACGGUCGCUAUUUGACCAACAGCAGAGGUCCGAGGGGACAGAGAGACUUAGGAGAGAUGACAGACAGUUCUCUGGCUAAUCGCCUGGUGAGAGACGGGCUGCUGACGCCUGAUUUACUGCGGCAGCUACACAGAGAGUUUUCCAAAGAUCCGAAGAAGGAUUCCACCAACCAGCAGGUCCUCGAUACAGAACAUCACAACAAUAACAACAAAGGGAAAAAACGGCGGAAGAAAUGAAGAUGUGACGUCUUGAUGGCUGCACAGAGUCUCUGCUGUUGCCACUGAUGCAAAGUUUGAAUCAUGUGGUGGUUCGAAAUGAAUAACGACCGGUAAUGUGAAUCUGUGAGGGAUAAUAAAAAGCUUUUAGCCUGAGCUGUAACAACAGUGGAGUUUUAGAGUCCGACAUUUACACCAUAGUACUUUGACAUCAAGGUAGACAUGAAAUCUCUUUUUCACAGUUCUAAAAGCUCACUCUCUAUUAUUUUUACAAAUGGAAAAGAGACUAACUAGUGCUAGUGCUAGUGCACGUCUCUGGUUCAGGAUCCGGUGAAUGACCUGCUUGUUCCUGGUUCUUGUGAAGGCUCAGGUACCGGGUGGGAGAUUCUCUGUUUGUCUGUCGAAGCAGAGAAUAACUCACAGAAUCACUUCAAACUAACCAGGACCAACAUCAAAAUGAACUGAUCUGACUUGGUUUGGGUUUAUAGAUACACCCAUUGUCUCGGGUGUUUGUUGGAGAUACCACGUUCAAUGUCAGUUACCACUGGGCCACACUUCAAACUGGCAAGACAGUAAAGGAUUCAGUAAAAUUCACACUGUCAAAUGCUAUUUUGGAAACAUUAUGAAAAUGUUCUGGAGCUGAUUUACUCUUCAUGCAGUCAACUCAACAAACACAGUAUAACCAACUUGUUUUGGGUUCACCUGAAGAAUUCCAUUUCUGCUUCUCUCUAACGAAAUCACAUUUCCUGUGAGCGUCCAGUCAACAGUUGGAUUAGAUAAGAGUGAGCGCAACCCUGUAACUGUAUAUUUACAGAUGAGAUGCCAUAUUUUUCUUGUUUGUAAAUUAAAAAGUGAUGACAGCAGCAAAUAAAAGUUUUUUUUUUAA